AGCUUAUCGUAGCAGCCAUGAGAGCAAUUCCGUGUUGCAUUCUUUCACUCAUUUUUACUCUGUUUCUUAUUAGACCCACGUAUUCCAUCAAAAAGUCAUAUGUGGUGUACUUGGGUGGUCAUUCACAUGGAAAACAAGUCUCUUCUGUUGAUCUUGAUAGAGUUAAACAUUCUCAUCAUCAGCUCCUUGGAACAUAUCUUGGAAGUUCAGAUAAGGCGAGAGAUGCAAUCUUUUACUCAUACACCAGACACAUCAAUGGGUUUGCUGCUAUGCUUGAGGAAGAAGAGGCUGCUGAGAUUGCCAAGAAUCCGGAGGUGAUAUCAGUGUUCUUGAACAAGGCAAGACAAUUGCAGACAACCAGAUCUUGGGAGUUUCUUGGAUUGGAAGGUGAAGGUGGCUUAAUCCAGGAGGGUUCAAUAUGGAAAAAGGCCAGGUUUGGAGAAGAUAUCAUCAUUGCUAAUCUUGAUACCAGAGUAUGGCCUGAAUCAAAAAGCUUUAGUGAGGAAGGAUUCGGACCAAUUCCCAAAAGGUGGAAAGGGAUUUGCCAGAAUCAGAAAGAUAAAAGCUUUCACUGCAACAGGAAACUCAUUGGAGCUAGAUACUUGAACAAAGGGUAUUCUUUUGGUGUUGGCACUCUUAAUUCCAGUUCCUUCUUCACCCCACGAGAUGUUGAUGGUCAUGGGUCCCAUACCUUAUCAACAGCGGGUGGUAAUUUUGUUCCUGGGGCAAAUGUUUUCGGUUUGGGCAAUGGAACAGCAAAGGGUGGCUCGCCCAAAGCUCGGGUAGCUGCUUAUAAGGUUUGCUGGCCUCCCACCUCCCCAGGUGAAGCUUGCACUGAUGCAGAUAUCCUGGCUGGUUUUGAUCGGGCGAUUGAGGAUGGUGUUGAUGUGCUGUCAGUAUCGAUUGUAGGAGACCCCCUUCGGCCAUAUUUUGAAAACAGUAUAGCCAUUGGUUCCUUUCAUGCUGUAAAGAAUGGUAUAGUUGUGGUUGCCUCAGCUGGUAAUGAAGGACCUGUUGCCGGUUCUGUCACUAAUGUUGCACCCUGGCUCAUCACUGUUGGGGCAAACACUAUGGACAGACGGUUUCAGAGUAAUGUAGUGUUGGGAAACAACAAACACUACACAGGCGAAAGUGCAGUGCCGCUAAAACUUCCAACUGGGAAAUUCUAUCCACUUCUUUCUGCUGCAUCCGCUAGAAUUAAGAUUAAUGCAUCCAUUUCAACCCAAGAUGCUCUGCAUUGUAAGCCUGGAACUCUGGACCCAGAAAAGGUAAAGGGAAAAGUUUUGGUUUGCCUACGAGGCGUAACAGCCAGAACUGAUAAGAGCCACGAAGCUGCUUUGGCGGGUGCUGUGGGAAUGAUUCUUGCCAACGAUGAGGAUUCUGGGAAUGAUAUUGAGGCUGAAGCACAGUUUCUCCCAGCUACACAUCUCACCUACUCAGAUGGACUUGCAAUCUUUGAUUACAUUAAUAAAACCAGGAAUCCUGUGGCUCACAUUACUCAUCCAAAUACACUAUUGGGAGUGAAGCCAGCUCCAGUAAUAGCAGCUUUCUCAUCAAGAGGUCCUAACGCCAUUAAUCCAGAUAUUCUCAAGCCUGAUAUAUCUGCGCCUGGAGUGAAUGUGAUAGCUGCCUUCACAGAAGCCACAGGGCCAUCUGAUGAAGAUUAUGAUAAGAGAAUUGUUUCAUUCAACUUACUAUCAGGCACUUCAAUGUCAUGCCCUCAUGUAGCUGGUGUUGUUGGCCUUCUCAAAACGCUCUAUCCUUCAUGGAGCCCUGCAGCAAUCAGAUCUGCUAUUAUGACCACCGCCACAGUAAGAGCCAACUCAGGGAAGGCCAUAACUGACGAUGAGCUAUUUUCUUUAUAA